AUGAUGCAGUCGGAUGAACUUUGCUUCCCACAGCUCCACAACUCAUCGUGCAGGAAAACAACGCGUCCACUUUCUGUGUCAUUGCUGAUUUAUGUUCUACUCUUUUCCAUCUCUUUCUUUACUGUGACUUUGAACCUGCUGGUGAUUGUCUCCAUCGCCCACUUCAAGAAGCUCCACAGCCCCACCAACCUGUUCCUCCUCUCUCUGGCUGUCUCAGAUUGCAUGGUGGGCUUCCUCAUCUCGUUUCAAAUCAUGCUCAUCGAUGACUGCUGGUACCUCGGUGACCACAUAUGUGCCUUAUAUCUUGUUCUGGACUACGUUAUCACCUCUGCCUCAGGAGGAACCAUGGUGCUCAUUUCCAUUGACCGCUAUAUAGCUAUUUGUGACCCUCUACAUUACUCCAGCAAAGUCACUGAAGAAAGGGCAAAGAUGUGUGUUUCACUGUGUUGGAUCUGUUCUCUUCUGUUCCACAGCGUCCUGCUGAGAAAAAACCUGCAGACACCAGGCAGGUAUAACUCCUGCACUGGAGAGUGUGUGGUGGUGGUUGAUUAUAUCGGAGGGAUUUUUGACCUUUUGUUUUCCUUCAUUGGUCCUGUCACUGUCAUCGUAGUUCUGUAUCUGGGAGUGUUUGUUGUGGCUGUGUCUCAGGCUCGUUCCAUUCGUGUUGGAACCGUCACUCUUCAGGGCUCGGUGAGAGUGACGGCUAAGAAAUGUGAAAUGAAGGCAGCGCUGGUUCUCGGGGUUGUUGUGGUUGUGUUUCUUUUAUCUACAUGCCCAUAUUAUUGUGUAGCACUGUCGGCUCAGGAUGAUGGAGUCAGUGCUUCGUCCGUGGCCUUUAUAUUGUUUUAUUUGAACUCCACUCUGAACCCGCUGAUUUAUGCACUGUUUUACCCCUGGUUCAGGAAGUCUGUUAAACUAAUUAUAACUCUUCAGAUCCUGAAGCCUGGCUCCUGUGACGCCAACAUGUAA